CUGCAAAGAACUGCAGGAAGAAAGCUGCAGGCAAUAGACAAUAGCAGUCGAGCUGGAAACAGUUACUUGGGCUUUGCCGCCGCCACUUACAUAAUUUUCACUUCAUUUAUUGCACUGAGGGGAAAUAUAGCACAAAUCUCAGAAAUUCCACUUCCCCUGUUUCUAGGGUUUUGCUUUUCUCGCUAUUCACGAAACCUAUAUUCAUCCCUGGGCAAUUUCAUAAUUUUCUCUUCAUUUGGGAGGUUCAUCGGGAAUUGAUGGCGGCGGAGUGGCACCAAUUCCUUCAAUCGGUGUUGUUGGGAGUCAUCUUCUCGUACCUACUCGCGAAGCUAUUCUCUGUUAUAUUCGCCUUCCGCGACGAGAAUCUGAGGAUCACGCGCGCUGAUUCCCUCGAACCUGAAGCUGAAGAGAGAGCCGCAGAUUCUCCGGCUCGGAAUUCGGAUGAGAAUGAGCCGUUGAUCCGUGGAGGUGCGGUAUCGGGGAAUGAAAGCGUGGUGACGAGUGAUCAUAGUGAUAGUGAUGAUGAUUGGGAGGGCGUUGAGAGCACCGAAUUGGAUGAGAUCUUCAGUGCCGCCACUGCGUUUGUUGCGGCCACGGCUGCCGACAGGUCCGCGAUGAAGGUGUCGAAUGAUGUCCAGCUACAGCUUUAUAGCUUGUAUAAGAUUGCGACUGAGGGACCGUGUUCGGCUCCCCAGCCUUCUGCCUUGAAAAUGACUGCUCGUGCCAAAUGGCAAGCGUGGCAGAAAUUGGGUGCUAUGCCUCCUGAAGAAGCAAUGGAGAAGUACAUCGACAUUGUUUCGGAGUUAUAUCCCACUUGGGCUUCUGGCCUUGCCACUCAGCAGCAGAAGAAGAAAGAUGAAAGUACCAGUGAUACAUCUAUGGGAGGUGCAGGAGGACCUAUGGGACCUGUUUUUAGUACAUUUGUUUAUGAAGAGGAAUCGGGAACUGACUUGAAAUUGGAUGCUAUUCAUGCUUUUGCCCGAGAAGGAGAUGAAGGAAACCUGGUCAAGUGCAUUGAGAGUGAUGUCCCCUUAAACCUGAAAGACAGUGAGGGCCGCACUCCUUUGCACUGGGCUGUAGAUCGAGGCCAUUUGAAUAUUACUGCAUUGCUUCUGAACAAGAACGCUGAUGUUAAUGCUAAGGAUGGUGAAGGUCAAACCCCUUUGCAUUACGCUGCUGUGUGUGAGAGAACUGCCAUUGCGGAGUUACUUGUGAAACAUGGUGCCGACAUAGAAGUAAAAGACGACGAAGGAAAUGCUCCAAGGGAUCUUUGUGAGUCGAGGUGGUCAGGGUUGGAGCUUGUUACUAAAGCGGCCGACUGAUUGUCUCAAUUCAAGGGUUCCACAGUGUACAUUCUUCUGUCGUAACCAUCUCAAGGAUUAAGCAAAUUUUCAGCCUUGAUGGAUUGCUGCUGGUGUCUAAACUUUGAAGUUCCGACCUCAAUUUGUUCUUUGCCUAGUUGGAGUAGGUGGAAUUUUGGGGGCUCAUGUGCAAUUCCUUGUUUUUGUGUCGCGGAUAGAUUUAAUUGAAGCUAAUCCAAUUCAUGCC